CAAGGAACAACGACGAGCAAGUAAAAAGCUUGAUUUAUGGAGGCUUCCCGAAGUUGUAGUCAUUCAUCAAAAAAGAUUCUCGUACAGCCGGUCAAUGAAGCAUAAAGUAGAAACUUUUGUCAACUUCCCUAUUCACGAUUUUGACCUAACGAAUUAUGUAGCUGACAAGAGAAGUUCCCGUUCUCAACUCUACGAACUCUAUGCCUUAACCAACCCUUAUGGUGGCAUGGGCAGUGGCCACUACACCGCGCACAUCAAACUUCUAGACGAGAAUAGGUGGUACAACUUUGACGACAGCCAUAUAUCACCAAUAAACGAAGAAGAUGUAAAGUCGGCUGCUGCGUAUGUCCCGUUUUAUCGAAGAGCAAAGUCCGAUACCUCAGGCAGCGGUGUUGCAGGGUCUCGUAGAGCUCGUGACAUAACGUCUUAUAAGCAUUGAAGUGCAGGCACAUGCUUUAAAAGUAUUCGCU